AUGUUCGAAGGUUUCGAACAAAAACUCGAAGAAAGGGAAAAUAGCGCGCAAAUUUAUUUUAAGCCAUAAAAAUUGUUCUGGAAUCUAUAUUCAGUUGACUAAUAAAAGAACAGCAUAAAAAAAUGCCAAAAAAACCAUCGAAUAGAAGUCAACAACCAUCUACAUCUCGAGCUAGAACACAGCUUAGUUCGGAUGAUGAGUUUGAUCAAGAAAUAAGCUUUUCGUCAAUGCCUUCUAAUAAUAUAGAAACAGUGUCAAAUAACUUAGUGAAAUAUCUCCUCAAUUACUCUGCUACAAAGAAUCCUAUAAAACGCAGUGACAUUGCCAAAAAUGUGAAUAUUCAUCCAAAAAUUUUCGCAGAUGUAUUGAAAAGUGCUUCAUAUAAAUUGAAAGAUAUUUAUGGAAUGGAAAUAUCUGAAUUACCUGAGUCUAGGUCAGGCAAAAUGUACAUUUUAUAUUCCGAGUUCAACUCAAUUGUCUCAUCUCAGCAAUUAACUAAACAGCAACAGGAAAUGACAACAUUUCUUUUCAUCAUAUUAUCGUACAUUUUUAUGAAAGGAGGAGAAGUUCAUGAAUCUCAUCUCUUUCAGUAUCUUGAACAACUCGAUAUCAAUUGCAAUGAGACUCAUUCUGAAUUUGGUGAUAUUUCUGAUCUCAUUUGCAAAGUUUUCACAAAGCAGCAGUACCUUAAGCGAACUAAAGUUGAAAUUGAAGGAGUAAAUGAUCCAGUGAUCCAUGUUUCUUGGGGUACUCGAGCUGAAAAGGAGUUCAACAAGGCUAAAAUUCUCUCUGCUGUUGCUGAGAUAAUGAAGAAAUCACCAAUUUCAUUCACAAGUCAAUAUCAUGCCGUUCAUGGAGAAGAACCGCAAAGCUGCAAUUCAAUCGUAAUUGAUUAAUUCAAAAAUUGAUUUGCAAUAAAAAAAAUUUAAACUUCAAUGUUAUCUGAAAGACUCGAAGGGUUUUUCAAUUAAAAUUCUUUCCAUUGAGUUAAUUUUAGAGAUUAAUCAAUUUUGCUGAAGAACAAAAUAUUUUGCUUGCAAUCCUAAACGAAAAUAUCAAAACAUGGAACCGUCAAUUGACUGAUUUCAACGGAAGUGUUAAUAAAAAUCUGUUUAUUAAGCGAUGAUUCAUGAUUUGAUUAAGACGAUAAUUUGCAAUUUUUUCCUCAAUAAUUUUAUUGUCCUCUCGUUAAAUUUAUUAAUUAUUUAACUAGAAUGUGAGUUGAUCUUGUGAAAACAAAAUUAAUGAAGAAAUUUAGUUUCGUGCAAUUUGAAGAAGAUAUUAUAAAAGUAAGAGUUAUAAACGACAA